UGCUGUAUUGAUAACUAUGAGGAGAUGGUAAAGAUCCUGUUGAAUCGUGGCGCCAGUGUAAACGCCCAGGACAAUGAACUUUGGACCCCGCUACAUGCUGCUGCCACCUGUGGACAUGCAGGACUGGUCAAGGUCCUCAUACAACAGUAAGACAGUGGCUUAGUCACACUACAUAUAACACUGCAGCUUUCCAUCUAUAUGUCUUGUAUUUAUUCAUGUCAGAUCUGUAUUUUAUUUGAUCCAAGACGAUGACAGUACAAUGAGAGCAUGCAUUUUUACUAUGUUUUGAUCCCUGAGGGGAUUAAACCCAUGACAUUGGCAUUGCUAUCGCUAUGCUCUAACCAAUUGAGUCACACAUAUCUCUUGUCGGUUUUCCACCUUCCCAGUGGAGCAGACCUGUUAGCUGUGAACUCUGACGGCAACAUGCCCUAUGACCUGUGUGAAGAUGACCCCACCCUGGACAUCAUCGAGACCGCCAUGGCCAAUCGAGGUGAGCGAAUAACAAAUACUGUUUUAAUAUAAGUCUGUCGGCUCUCACUGUCGCACCUGCAGUCCCAGUUCUCUGAUAUCAUCAGUAUAAUAGCUGAACGGUAGAGCAGUGGAGGCUGGUGACCUGAAAACAAUAGGAGGAUGGGAGACCCACGGAAUAGGCGCGGACCGCACGGAGACGACAAAGCAUGUUUCAGAGAUUGUCAUUUAUUUUUACCUAAAACAUUUAAUAAAGGCAUUUAUAGUAAAAUAUCAUUGGAAUGAGAGGGCUACUUACACAGUGUUGGGAAGGGAUCACAGCAGUGAUUGAAUGAGGGUAUCAGGCAUGAGUUGAGGUUUUCAGAGGCUUGACUUCCCCCUGUCCUGCACUGAAGCCUAGCCCCUGUACCGCUCAACCCCUGUCCUGCACUGAAGCCUAGGCCCUGAACCGCUCAACCCCUGUCCUGCACUGAAGCCUAGCCCCUGAACCGCUCAACCCCUGUCCUGCACUGAAGUCAAGCCUCUGAAAACCUCAACUCAUGCCUGAUACCCUCACAUAGAUAUUCCUCUUGUGUAGGUGGGUGAGGGCAGUGUGGAGAGCAAUUGAGAUUGCAUCGUCUAUGGAUCUGUUGGGGUGGUAUGCAAAUUGGAGUAGGUCUAGGAUGGCGGAGUUAAUGUGUGCCAUAACCAUCCUCUUGAACCACUUCAUGAUUACAGAAGUGAGUGCUACAGGGCAGUAGACAUUGUGGCAUGAAGCCUUAGAGUUCUUAGGAACAGGAAUGAUUGUGUUCAUUUUAAAACGUGGGGAUUACAGACUGGGACAAGUAGAGGUUGAAAAUGACCGUGAAAAUGCCUGUCAGCUGUUCUGCGCAUGUUCUGAGAACGCCCCCUGGAAUACUGUCGGGCCCCGCGGCCUUGUGGGUGUUGACCUGAUUAAAGGCCCUUCUCACGUCGGCCUCGGAGAGCGAGAUCACCCAGUCCUCUGGGUCUGUGACGGCCCUCACACCCAACUCAAUGUUGUUGUUAUCAAAGCGUGCAUAAAAUGCAUUGAGUUCGUCUGGUAGAGAGGCAUCGUUGGACAGAUCACUGUUGGGUCUUCCUUUGUAAUCCAUAAUGGACUGUAGCCCCUGCCACAUGCGGCGGGUGUCGGAGCCUGUGUAAUAUGAUUCCACCUUAUUCCUAUAUUGUCCUUUUGCUCGUUUGAUGACUCUGCGGAGGUCAUAACGGGCCUUCUUGUACUUAUUCCUGUCUUCGGCUGUAGCAUCAGGGUUGUCUACAAUAGCUCUGUGUGUGGUAGCCCUGCUCUUUAGUUUAGCUCCAACCUCUGUGUUAAUCCAGGGCUUUUGAUUGGGGAAGCAGCGAACCUUCACCGUGGGUACAACGUCGCCAAUGCAUUAUCUAAUGAAGCCAGUGACGGAGGUGGUUAGCUCCUCGAUGUUAUUGGUGGAGUCUCAAAACAUAUUCCAGCGCUAGCAAAGCAGUCCUGUAGCAUAACCUCUGAUUCUGGUGACCAUUUCUCAACAGAGCGAAUUGUGGGUACUUCCUGUUUUAGCUUUUGCUUGUAAACAGGAAGCAAGAGUACGGAGUCAUGAUCUGAUUUGCCGAAUGGCGGACGAUGGAGGGCCUUGUAUGCUUGCUUGUGGAUAGAAUAGCAGUGGUCUAGGACUUUAUCGCCCCUAGUGACGUUGGAGACGUGUUGAUGGAAGUUGGGCAUCACAUUUCUUAGUGACGCCAAAUUAAAAUAGCUGGCAACCAGAAAGGCAGCCUUUGGGUGUAGGGUUUCCUGCUUGUUUAUAGCCUUGUACAGUUUGUUAAGUGCCAGCUUGUUAUUUUUAUUGUCCAUAGGUAGAAUGUAUACAGCAGUCACGAUAACAGCUGACAACUCCCUCGGGAGGUAGAAGGGUUGGCAUUUGACCAUCAGGUAUUCCAAGACAGGUGAAAAGUGGGUCGACACUUCAACCGCGCUGGAAUUAGCACACCAGUUGGGGUUGAUGAAGAGGCAACCCCCCCCUCUAUUUCCCCGACCCCACUGCGCUGUCCGCCCUGUGAAUGGAGAAUCCAUCAAGUUGGAUAGCCGUGUGGGGGUAUCUUGUCCGAGAGCCAUGUUUCUGAAAAGCAAAGAUUAUUGCAGUUCCGAGAGUCCCGUUGGUAGCAAAUCCGCGAUCGGAGGUCAUCUAUCUUAUUAUCUAGUGACUGUACAUUAGCCAGUAGAAUGGAGGGAAGAGGUGGCCGGUUUUCCCUUUGCCUUAAUCUCACCAGAAUCUCCCCUCUCUUGCCUCUGUAACUCUGGUGUUUCCUCUUGGGUAUACAGAAAAAUGGGUUGGAAUUACAGAAAGAGCAGAUGAGUCGAAGUAGAAGCCGGAAUUGGGGUAAGUAACUGUUGAUCUGAGUUCUUGUCGGUAGUAAGAAAUAAUAUAAUAAUAAUAAUAUGCCAUUUAGCAGACGCCUUUAUCCAAAGCGACUUACAGUCAUGCGUGCAUACAUUUUUGUGUAUGAGUGGUUCCCGGGGAUCGAACCCACUACCUUGGCCGUUACAAGCGCCGUGCUCUACCAGUUGAGCUACAGAGGACCACCCAUAAUAGCGGUUACAUUUCGUGAAAAUAGAGUCACAAAAUAGCAAAGUUGAGUCAGAGCGGCCAUACAGUACGGCACCCUCUUGUGUCAGGUGAUGCAGCUGAAACAUGAGGUGAUGGCGGUAGAUGAAUGGCACGACAAUGGGCUUCAGGAUCUCGUCACGGUAUCGCUGUGCAUUCAAAUUGCCAUCGAUAAAAUGCAAUUGUGUUCAUUGUCAGUAGCUUAUGCCUGCCCAUACCAUAACCCCACCGCCACCAUGGGGCACUCUGUUCACAAUGUUGACAUCAGCAAACCGCUCACCCACACAACAGUUGAAACCGGGGUUCAUCCGUGAAGAGCACUCUUCUCCAGCGUGCCAUUUUCCAUCGAAGGUGAGCAUUUGCCAACUGAAGUCAGCUACGAUGCCGAACUGCAGUCAGGUCAAUACCCUGGUGUGGACAACGAGCACACAGAUGAGCUUCCCUGAGAUGGUUUCUGACAGUUUGUGCAGAAAUUCUUUGGUUGUGCAAACCCACAGUUUCAUUCCGCAGGUAAAGAAGCCUGACGUGGAGGUCCUGGGCUGACGUGGUUACAUGUGGUCUGCGGUUGUGAGGCCAGUUGGACAUACUGCCAGAUUUUCUAAAAUGACAUAGGAGGUGGUUUAUGGUAGAGAAAUUAACAUUAAAUUCUCUGGCAACAGCUCUGGUGGAAAUUCCUGCAGUCAGCAUGCCAAUUGCACUCUCCCUCAAAACUUGAGACAUCUGUGUCAUUGUGUUGUGUGACAAAACUACACAUUUUAGAGUGGCCUUUUAUUGUCCCCAGCACAAGGUGCACCUGUGUAAUGAUCAUGCUGUUUAAUCAGCUUCUUGAUAUGCCACACCUCUCAGGUGGAUGGAUUAUCUUGGCAAAGGAGUAAUGCUCACUAACAUGGAUGUAAACAAAUUUGUGCACAAAAUGUGAGAGAAAUAAGCAUUUUUUGAGUAUGGAAAAUUUCAGUUUCUUUAUUUCAGCUCAUGAAACAUGGGACCAACACUUUACAUGUUGCGGUCAUAUUUUUGUUCAGUAUAUUUAGUAUAGUUUUAAAAAGGAUAACUUUUUAAAUGUUCCACCCCUUCCUCCAAUAGUCAGCCCUGAGCCUCAGAGAGCCCACAGCAUUCACAGGUUCCAGCUUUCAGGGAGCCAGAUCCUAUAAACAGAUGUAUUAUGUCAGCCAGGGGUGUGGGGGUUGACAACACAACUGAGCAUAGAGAAUCUGAGUGGAGGGAUAGUGGCAAUGUGGGCUCACAACAGAAUGGAACACAUAGAGAAACCCAGUGGAGCCUGGAGAUAGUGUAGUAGGAAGGUGAUCUGAAUGACUAAUCAUUUGAUCAAAGGGAAUCAGUCAAUGUUGCUAAUUACUCUCCUACUAUUGUUGCCAGCAUCUUCUCUGCCAGUGAUCUUUACAAAGUCUUCCAGACAGACAGACAGGCACUGUUGCAGUCAAAACAAGAAGGAAGUAGAGUUGAACAGAGACAGGAGUCAGGAAGCUGUCCUGAGUCAGUGCUCUUGGUCUUGGAAUAUGACGUGAGAAUCUUUGGUUGGUUGGUUGCCCCUUAUGCUUAUGUAUCUUGGAGGAGAUAAAUAGUACACACUAUUCAUACUUAUUCAUAUACAGUGCAUUCUGAAAGUAUUCAGACCCCUUUACUUUUUUUUACGUUACAGCCUUAUUCUAAAAUGGAUUGAAUUGGGGGUUUUUCCCUCAUCAAUCUAUACACAAUUCCCCCAUAAUGGCAAAGCAAAACAGGUUUGUAAUUUUUUUGGCAAAUGUAUUACAAAUAAUAAUAUCACAUUCAGACCGUUUACUCAGUAUUUUGUUGAAGCACCUUUGGCAGCGAUUACAGCCUCGAGUCUUCUUGGGUAUGACGCUACAAGCUUGGAACACCUGUAUUUGGGGAGUUUCUCCCGUUAUUCUCUGCAGAUCCUCUCACGCUCUGUCAGGUUGGAUGGGGAGCGUCGCUGCACAGCUAUUUUCAGGUCUCUCCAGAGAUGUUCGAUCGAGUUCAAAUCCGGGCUCUGGCUGGGCCACUCAAGGACAUUCAGAGACUUGUCCCGAAGCCACUCCUGCGUUGUCUUGGCUGUGUGCUUAGGGUUGUUGUCCUGUUGGAAAGCGAACCUUCGCCCCAGUCUGAGGUCCUGAGCGCUCUGGAGCAGGUUUUCAUCAAGAAUCUCUCUGUACUUUGCUCCGUUCAUCUUUCACCUCGAUCCUGACUAUUCUCCCAGUCCCUGCCGCUGAAAAACAUCCCCACAGCAUGAUAGUGCCACCACCAUGCUUUACCGUAGGGAUGGUAUCGGGUGGCCUUGUGGUUCCAAACUUCUUCCAUUUAAGAAUGAUGGAGGCCACUGUGUUCUUGGGGAUGUUUUGGUACCCUGCCCUAGAGCUGUGCCUUAACACAAUCCUGUCUCGGAGCUCUACGGACAAUUCCUUGACCUUAUGGCUUGGUUUUUGCUCUGACAUGCACUGUCAACUAUGGGAUCUUAUAUAGACAGGUGUGUGCCUUUCAAAUCAUGCCCUAUCAAUUGAAUUUACCACGUGGACUCCAAUCAAGUUGUAGAAACAUCUCAAGGAUGAUCAAUGGAAACUGGAUGCACUUGAGCUCAAUUUCGAGUCUCAUAGCAAAGGGUCUUAACACUUAUGUAAAUAAGGUAUUUCUGUUUUUUAUUUGUUAUAAAUUUGCACAAAUAAAUCAAAACAUGUUCUCACUUUGUUAUUAUGGGUUAUUGUGUGUAGAUUGAUGAGGAAAAAUGUGUAUUUAAUCCAUGUUAGAAUAAGGCUGUAAAGUCAAGGGGUCUGAAUACUUUCCGAAUGCACUUUACUGGCCUGGUUACGCAUCCACCAUAUAUACUGCAGUUGGUGGAACCAUGCUGGAAAGGGAGAUAUGAAAAAAAACACAACAAAAACAGAGUGAGGACAGUGCGGUUCAGGUCGACACGAUAGUGUGAACGGGGUGUCAUCUGUCUGUCUGUCUGACUUAUAUCACUUCUUAUCUGUUUUUGGUUGACAGGCAUCACCCAGGAGAUGAUCAACGAGACCCGGGCGUCU